CUAUUUUUGACCCUCAUGUACCUGGCCCACGGAUCGAGUAUAUUCGAAAUAUCACGACUCUUCAGAAUGGGAGUGACAACUGUUCGCGAAAUCACGCAAGAGGUGAAUAUUGUUUUGUGGGAAGAGCUACAUAAAGAAUUUUUGCCUGAAGUAACCGAGGCCGGCUGGAAGAAUCAUAGCGAGGAGUUUGAAGAAAAAUGGAACCUACCACAUUGUUGUUCUGCUGUUGACGGGAAACACAUUUCUCUGCAUUGCCCUCCCAAAUCCGGUUCUUUGUACUUUAAUUAUAAAAAACAGCACUCCAUUGUUUUAAUGGCAAUGUGUGACGCUAGUUACAAUUUCGUUGCGGUUGACGUGGGUGCCUAUGGUGGAAACGCGGACAGCAGCGUCUUCGGGUCGAGCGAAUUCGGCCGACGUUUACUGGCAGGCGAGUUGGGACUUCCACCACCGACGGAGCUAGAAAAUGGAGUACUGUUGCCCUACUUUAUUGUCGGGGACGCAGCAUUCCCCCUUAAGGAAAACCUAAUGAAGCCGUAUCCCGGAAAAAAAAUUCCACCGAUAGAAGAGAAUUUUAAUUAUCGGUUGUCGCGUGCUAGAAGGGUAAUAGAAAAUGCUUUCGGCAUUUUGGUCGCAAGAUGGCGGAUCCUUUUAGCGCCGUUGAAUCUUCACCCUGAAGCAGCAGAUAAUUUAGUAAAAGCUACGCUCGUCUUACAUAAUUUCGUGAAGAACAAAAAUGGUCGUCAGUAUAAUCCACCGGGCUAUGUUGACCAUAUUGGCUUCAAUGGUGAGAUACUUAUACCAGGUGAAUGGCGUUCAUCCGCGAAUCCCCUUGACAGUAUCGGACACGGAAGGGGUAAUAAUGCACCUAGAAAUGCCUAUGAAGUGAGAAAUAGCUUGGCACUGUAUUUAUUUGAGAACCGAAUAAUCUAGUUAGCUAAAUAUAUAGAAUAAGUCACAUCGUUUAAUAAAAUAAAAACAUAAAAACCUGUUC